UUUAACCAAUCAUAUGUUAAAAUCAGUCGUAACCAAUUGAAUUAACCAAUCGUAUUGCUCAAUUUCUCACGGUAAUGAUUACAAAAAUGUACGUGCAAUAGCCUUAAACAUCUAUGGCCCGGUUUCACGAACGCGAGUUAAUCUAAUCGGUCGAUUUUAUUUUGGGUUAUUCCAUUGGAAUUGAUCGCAUUUGUUAAUUUUAUUUAAGACAAAUACGAUUGGUCAAUUCCAAUGGAAUAACUUAAAAUAAUCGACCGAUUAGAUUAACUCGUGUUGGUGAAACCGGGUAAUUUAUGACUGACAUCCUUGGAGCGUCACAUUUUCACAAGCAACCUAAAAGUGGGGAUAACGUCGCAAAAAUUGGCCGUAAAGUGCAACUGGCCGCAAGCCUGAUUAAUAAUCUAUAGCAAGAAAGAAAAGUAGCUACGACCUGAAUUUUACACAAAAGUGGGACACCCAGUCUACUAUAAAGCCUUUCUAAAGAGAAACUGAUGUACUGCAGAAAUUCUAAAUGCAAUAGUCGUAGACUUGUCAUCCUAUAGUACAGUCAUCUGCAAUCUCUUAAUCUUGCAGCAUAAGCCACAAAAAAUGGAUAUAAAUAUUAUUCGAUAUAUUUUCAUGUUCAAUUUAAUGGUUUCCCUGUUAUUGGUAUUAUCGAUCGGUUUGUUUGAAUCUCAUUUACCUGCAUUGAUAAAACGCAGCAUUCUUUAUGGCAAAUUUGGUUUAAAGACGCCUCAUCUAAUAGCAACAAAAUUCGAAGUGCCAAAAAGAUGGUUUAGACAUUAUUACAUUCUUUCUGCACCACUAAUGACUAUUACUCUUUGCCUAAUUUUGCGCAUAUAUCUGUAUAAUGUGGAUGUACCUCAAAUUGUGUUUACAGUACUAAACACAUUAUUAGGAGCAUCAAGAAAAUCAUUAAUAUCAGCAGAAGAUACAAUUUUGGUUAUUGUCAUAUGCAAUAUACAUUGUUGGAAAAGGCUAUAUGAGACAUGUUAUGUUAACAUAUUUAGUGAUCAAAAAAUGAAUAUAUUAAUAUAUAUAGUUGGACUUGCACAUUAUAUUGGUCUAACACUAAGUAUAUUAGGUGAAUCCCAAGGAUUUGUUAGAGGUUCAUAUGGGAAUGUGCUCCUGAAUAAAAUUACAAUGGUAAAACUAGUUUGUGCGCUUAUUUGUAUAUGGUCAUCAUAUAUGCAAUUAAAAACAAAUUUUAUUCUUGCAAAAUUACGUAAAAAUAUACAUGGUGAUAUCGUAUCCCUUGAAUAUAAAAUACCAUCUGGCGGUCUGUUUAAGUAUGUAUCAAGCCCUUUGCAAUUAUGCGAGAUACUUAUAUAUACAAUGCUGUCUGCAAUUCUUUGGCAAGCAUCUACGUAUCAUUAUGUUACGUUUUGGGUUAUAGCAAAUCAGGUAUACUGUGCAUAUAUAACUCAUCAGUGGUAUCACAAAACAUUCAAAAAUUAUCCAAAAGAGAGAAAGAUUUUAAUUCCUUUUAUAUUGUAAUUUUUUGGAAAUUUGUAUUAUAUAUGGAAAACAGUAUUACUUAAUAAAAUUUUAAAAAUAUAUAUACUGAAUAAAUAGGUUUAAUUAAUUUUAUCCUUAAUUUAAAUACAUAUUUCCAUAUACUACUGCUUUAUUGUACAAUAGUAUUAAGUAUUUGUAUAUUACAUAUAUAAUAUAAUGAACAUGAUACAACAU